CCAUUUAAUCGUUAGGCUAUCGUUGUUGUGGGCUGUUUAGAAUAGAGUUGUGCAUUUAGAAUACAUGUAUUAAGAUAGAUGCCUAAUAUUGCUAACCGGACCGAUAAUACGUUUCAUAAAAAUAUAGUCCUCCCCUAAAUCGUAGUAACGUAACUAUACCCGUGUCGUUUGAUUGACAGGUCCAUAUUUUUUUAUACGAUUUUUCGAUCUGAGAAAGGACAGUAAAAAGCAACCUGAGAACGAACGGUUAGUGAAAUAUAACGUGGUGGAAGAAAGUGAAAUUUUAAGAAAGACUGUAUGUCGGGAGCAUCCAAGGAGGAAACACGUGUGAAAAGAAGAAAGCAUUAAAUAUUUUUGACAUUUGCAUUUUGUUUUUCGUCAUUUUCUCAGAUUUAUUUUCUUGAUUUAGGGACGUUAACGAGUGAAGCCAUGACAACUGAGAUGCAGGAGAUCGCCAUCACAGAGGAGAAGCCUUUACUUCCUGGUCAGCCUGAUCCUGUAAAGGAUGUCGAAGCUGCAGCUCGGAUACUUUUGGACCAGGGCCAGGAACACAGUAUUGAGACUCCUCAUGGUGUCCUCCACGUUACUCUGUACGGAACGUCCAAAACACGCCGCCCGGCCAUCCUCACCAUCCAUGACGUUGGCCUGGACAGUAAAAGCUGCUUCUCUCCUCUGUUUGAGUUUGACGAGAUGCAGGAAAUAGUGAAGAACUUCACCCGGGUCCACAUUGAUGCCCCUGGCCAGGAGGAGGGAGCCUCGGCCUAUCCCAUGGGGUACCAGUAUCCAUCAAUGGAUCAGCUUGCUGAGAUGAUCCCUGCAGUCCUGACUUAUUUCAAUUUCCGUUCUGUUAUCGGAAUGGGAGUGGGAGCUGGUGCUUACAUUCUCUCCAGUUUUACAAUGGCCCACCCAGACUCUGUUGAAGGUCUCGUUCUCAUCAACAUCGACCCCGAAGCCAGAGGGUGGAUCGACUGGGCUGCCCACAAGAUCAGUAUGCUGACGUCCUCACUUACAGAGCAGAUCUUGAGUCAUCUAUUCAGUAGGGAGGAAAUAUCCGAAAAUGGAGACCUGGUGAAGUCACACAGAGAACGCAUCUCCAAAGCCCCCAACUUUUCCAACAUCGAGCUCUUCUGGAAGAGCUACAUCAGCCGCAGCGAACUUCCCGUGGAACGCAACAACAACUUCAAGUGUCCUGUGAUGCUGGUGGUUGGGGAUCAGGCACCGUAUGAAGAGGCUGCUAUGGAGUGCAACAGCAAACUGAACCCAACAACAACCUCAUUCCUCAAGAUGGCCGAUGCUGGGGGUCUUCCACAGCUCACCCAGCCUAGCAAACUGACAGAGGCUUUCAAGUACUUCGUCCAGGGGAUGGGCUACAUGGCGUCGUCCGUCAUGACCCGUCUCUCCCGCUCACGCACCGCCUCCCUGUCCUCCAUCUACUCCAUGGAGGGAGACCGCGUGCGCUCUCGCACCUUGUCUCAGAGCUCCCAGGGCGGGCUGAUGCGCGAGCGCUCUCGCACCCUGUCUCAGAGCUCCCAGGGGGGGCAGGGGUCUUCCAGCCCCUCCAAAACCAUGGAGGUGUCCUGCUGAAGGGAGAAAAGGGGGCAGUGAGAGGAAUGUAGAGAGCGAGGGAUGGAUGGAGAGAGAGAGAGAGAGAGAGGUAUAAGUAGAGGAGUGGAAAGAGAGACGCAUGGGUGAUUGGUUGAGGAUGGGGGGUGAGAGUUUUGGAUGAAAUGGGAAGGCGUUUGUCACUAAUCCAGUCCCGCGUCACUUAUCCCUGUCGUUGCCUCAGUCUAGCUAAAAGGGUGAACAGAGAGCGCCAGAGACCGAACGGAAGAGAGACUUACGGGAAAGUGGCUUAAAGGAGAGGUAGAGGAGCGGAGGGGAAAUGAAAGACAAAGACACUAAUAGCCUGUCCUCCACAAUUCACCUCAACCUGGUCUAUUCGUCUCUACACCCAGACAACAAACAAUAGAGGGAACGGAUAAACAAAACAAAACAAAAACGGGAAUGUAAUAAAGGGAACAAUAAAGGGAAUGUAGGUGUGUUUCAGAUGGUUUGGCCAGUCCCCUCCCUCCCACAGUGGAAACGCUUUUAGCCAAUAAAGCCCUUUACCUUAGAGAGUGGGAGGGGCCUCAUAUAAGUGUUAACCUGUAGUAAUGAUUAGGAUAAUGAGAAAGAUGAAAAUUAUAUUAAUGCAGAGUAAUAAUGACAAUGAUGUUUUAGUAAUAUUAUAACGUUGUUUAUCUUUAAUUUUUAAGUUUGAAAUAAUAUAAAAUAGAAUAGGGGGAUAAUAAAUAUAACAGGAAUACUUUAAAUAAAAAGAUGUGUCUGUCAACCUGUUUUAAUCUUGUUUUCGGUGUCUUUUUUAAUUUAGUUUUUUUACAACUUGUCUUGGUGAAGGGAUGGGGCUUCUCAUUGGACACAUGAUCAUUAACCAUAGCAACAGCUAAUGAGAAUCUGCUUCCCACUCGCUGUUGCCAAGCAGAUUUCAUUGGUCGACUUUGUGACUAGUUGUAGUUAGGGUGGGUGGGUUGGGGGUGUAUUUUGGGAUUUGACUCUCUGAAGUAAAUGCAUGCCUGAUUGGAUUUCAGCAAAUGUGAAUAUACUGGAUGUUUUCUUUUCCUUUGAAUUGCAAAGAUGAGUUUUUGGGAUGUGUGCGUUUCUGAUUAAGCCGAUAGGUGAGGUAUAGCGAGAGUGAGGAUGGGGGAUGAAGCAUGAAAUUGUCCUAGUAAACAAACACCUAUAGCAGUUAAUCAGUAACAGUGCUUCCGAUACUGCUGGCAGUCCCAGACUCUACCAUGUGGGUUCACUGUGUUUUCCUAUGGGGCUGACAGCCUUACCCUGGCCUACAUAGACAUAUACCUCCUAUGAGAUACUACUAACCUACUUGAGUCUUAAUCCAACAGAUAUGAUACCUUCCUGAACUAACAUACUGUAUGUUGUUCCGUGGCUUGACGCGUCGGUGUUGCACAUACCUGAAGUGAUGCACUGGUCAUGACUGACAGGUGAGAGCGCCAAUAGCGUGGUGGUCUUUCUGAAGUAGGAGCUAUAUGGAGUGGGAGGUACUAGACUGGAAUAUUUAGAUAAUGUUUAAAGUCGUGAGUGUGAGUGAGACAUUACAAUGGCAUUGCUUAGGUGUGUGUUUGUGUUUACGUGCAAGUGUGUGUGUGUGUGUGUGCUCUCAUACCUUCUUAGCACUAUUUAAAGGACUGACAAUGAACCAGCCCCUAUGCUGCCAACAGGAAAUAGCCACGUCCCUUAUCUAAAGGCCUGACUAUAUAUUCCUCAAAUCCUACUAAUGGAAUUGAUAUCUGUGUACAUGGCACAGUUAGAACAUGUACCACAUGUUAAAAAGGUCCCUAUGAUUGACUGGCCCCCUCUGCUUCAAAUUAGCAUAUUCAGCUGUAUGAAAGCGCUGUUCAUUAAAAUGUUUAUGUUUCCCAGUAAAUGACUAACCAAAUGCCAGUUUUCUGCAUAUUUACUGG